CCCCCAUGUGGGUGGGGCAGCAAACAAGUUACUAAUCCAUUCCCCACUUGCUCUCAAGUUCAGAAGCCUCCUGGCAGACACUGGAGCCACGAUGAAGCCCCCAGGGCCUGUCCGUACCUGCAGCAGAGUUCUGGUCCUGCUUUCACUGCUGGCCAUCCACCAGACCACCACCGCCCAAAAGAAUGGUAUCGACAUCUACAGCCUCACCGUGGACUCCAGGGUCUCAUCCCGAUUUGCCCACACGGUCGUCACCAGCCGAGUGGUGAAUAGGGCCAGCACUGUGCAGGAGGCCACCUUCCAGAUGGAGCUGCCCAAGAAAGCCUUCAUCACCAACUUCUCCAUGAUCAUCGAUGGCGUGACCUACCCAGGGAUCAUCAAGGAGAAGGCCGAAGCCCAGGCGCAGUACAGCGCAGCAGUGGCCAAGGGAAAGAGUGCUGGACUCGUCAAGGCCACCGGGAGAAACAUGGAGCAGUUCCAGGUGUCUGUCAGUGUGGCUCCCAAUGCCAAGAUCACCUUUGAGCUGGUCUAUGAGGAACUGCUCAAGCGGUGUCUGGGGGUGUAUGAGCUGCUGCUGAAAGUGCGGCCCCAGCAGCUGGUCAAGCAUCUGCAGAUGGACAUUCAUAUCUUCGAGCCCCAGGGCAUCAGCUUCCUGGAGACAGAGAGCACCUUCAUGACCAACCAGCUGGUAGACGCCCUCACCACCUCGCAGAAUAAGACCAAGGCUCACAUCCGAUUCAAGCCAACGCUCUCCCAGCAGCAAAAGUCCCCAGAGCAGCAAGAAACAGUCCUGGACGGCCACCUCAUCAUCCGCUAUGAUGUGGACCGGGCCGUCUCCGGGGGCACCAUUCAGAUCGAGAAUGGCUACUUUGUACACUACUUUGCCCCCGAGGGCCUAACUACAAUGCCCAAGAAUGUGGUCUUUGUCAUUGACAAGAGCGGCUCCAUGAGUGGCAGGAAAAUCCAACAGACCCGGGAAGCCCUAAUCAAGAUCCUAGAUGACCUCAGCCCCAGAGACCAGUUCAACCUCAUCGUCUUCAGUACAGAAGCAACUCAGUGGAGGCCAUCACUGGUGCCAGCCUCAGCCGAGAACGUGAACAAGGCCAGGAGCUUCGCUGCCAGCAUCCAGGCCCUGGGAGGGACCAACAUCAAUGAUGCGAUGCUGAUGGCUGUGCAGUUGCUGGACAGCAGCAACCAGGAGGAGCGGCUGCCCGACAGGAGCGUCUCACUCAUCAUCCUGCUCACCGAUGGCGACCCCACCGUGGGGGAGACUAACCCCAGGAGCAUCCAGAAAAACGUGCGGGAAGCUGUAAGUGGCCAGUACAGCCUCUUCUGCUUGGGCUUCGGCUUCGACGUCAGCUAUGCCUUCCUAGAGAAGCUGGCACUGGACAACGGUGGCCUGGCCCGGCGCAUCCAUGAGGACUCGGACUCUGCCCUGCAGCUCCAGGACUUCUACCAGGAAGUGGCCAAUCCACUGCUGACAGCAGUGACCUUCGAGUACCCAAGCAAUGCCGUGGAGGAGAUCACUCAGAACAACUUCCGGCUCCUCUUCAAGGGCUCAGAGAUGGUGGUGGCUGGGAAGCUCCAGGACCAGGGGCCUGAUGUGCUCACAGCCACAGUCAGUGGGAAGCUGCCUACACAGGACAUCACUUUUCAAACCGAGUCCAGCGUGGCAGAGCAGGAGGCGGAGUUCCAGAGCCCCAAGUAUAUCUUCCACAACUUCAUGGAGAGGCUGUGGGCAUACCUGACUAUCCAGCAGCUGCUGGAGCAAACUGUCUCCGCAUCUGACGCUGAUCAGCAGGCCCUCCGGACCCGAGCGCUGAAUUUAUCGCUUGCCUACAGCUUUGUCACGCCUCUCACAUCUAUGGUAGUCACCAAACCCGAAGACCAAGAGCAGUCUCAAGUCGCUGAGAAGCCCGUGGAAGGCGAAAGUAGAAACAGGAAUGUCCACUCAGGUUCCACUUUCAUCAGAUAUUAUCUCCAGGGAGCAAAAAUGCCAAAACCAGGACUUGACCACACAGAGGCUUCCUUUUCUCCAAGAAGAGGAUUGAGUAGACAAGCUGGAGCUGCUGGCUCCCUGUUGAAUUUCGGACCCGGGGUUCUCAGCCCGGUGCAAUUUGGACGCCCAGGACCUCCUAUUGCUCCUGACCGUGCUGCUCUCCGCCCCUUCCGCCGUCUGGCCAUCUCACCACCAGCCACCUCAAAUCCUGAUCCAGCUGUGUCUCAUGUCAUGAAUACCAAAAUCAAAGAAACAACCGUGACAGCCCAAACCCCAGCCCCCAUACAGGCUCCCUCCGCCAUCCUGCCACUGCCUGGGCAAAGCGUGGAGCGGCUCUGUGUGGACCCCAGACACCACCAGGGGCCAAUGAACCUGCUCUCAGACCCUGAGCAAGGGAUUGAGGUGACUGGCCAGUAUGAGAGGGAGAAGGCUGGGUUCUCAUGGAUCGAAGUGACCUUCAAGAAUCCUCCGGUCCGGGUUCACGCAUCCCCUGAACACGUGGUGGUAACUCGGAACCGAAGAAGCUCUGCGUACAAGUGGAAGGAGACGCUGUUCUCAGUGAUGCCCGGCCUGAAGAUGACCAUGGACAAGACGGGCCUCCUGCUGCUCAGUGACCCAGACAAAGUGACCAUCGGCCUGUUGUCCUGGGAUGGCCGUGGGGAGGGGCUCCGGCUGCUUCUGCGCGACACUGGCCGCUUCUCCAGCCACGUUGGCGGGUCCCUUGGCCAGUUUUACCAGGAGGUGCUCUGGGAAUCUCCAGCAGCGUCAGAUGACAGUAGACGCACGCUGAGGGUUCAGGGCAGUGACUACUCUGCCACCAGAGAGAGCAGGCUGGAUUACCAGGAGGGGCCCCCGGGAGUGGAGAUUUCCUGCUGGUCUGUGGAGCUGUAGUUCUGAUUGAAGGAGCUGUGUCCAGCCUGUACACUUGGCUGCCCCCUUACAACUGUAGGGCCGCUUCUGGGGCCUGGACCACCAUGGGGCGAAAAAGUCCCACUCAUUACAAAUAAAGAAAGGUGGUGUGAGCCUGGGAA